AUGGCUCUUGUGUUAACCAUCUCUAGCCUUCCAUCCUCCUACUCGGCCCAUCGAGCACCCCCAAUAAGCUUCCAGACCAGUAUGAUUCACCGGAGCUCUCCAGAAUCUCCGCUCUACAACCCGAAUGCCACCCCUGCCAACCUCAGUAGGAUGGCCGCCAUUGCAGCAAAAACCAGGAGAACUUACAUUGCCCGUCACAGGGCCGGCCAGAGUGCAGAUGGAGGUGGUUGGGCGCAUCCUGACGCAUACACCUCUCCCAUGACGCCAUUCGGCAACAUAGGGGAGUACGUCAUCCGGUACAGCAUCGGGUCGGACCCACCGACAGAGACCUACGGGAUGCCAGACACAGGGAGCGAUCUCAUAUGGCUACAGUGCCUCCCGUGCCACCGGUGUUAUACCCAGAGCGUCAAGUACUUUGACCCGGCAAAGUCGUCUAGCUAUAGCCUGAUAAGUUGCAAUGAUAAGAUUUGUACCAGGAACCCCGAUGCGCAUUGCGAGCCUCCCGACGGUUAUUGCCAUUACAACGUAACAUAUUUAGACGAAUCAAUGACGAGUGGGAACUUGGCGACCGAGACGCUCACAUUUGCAGACGACACUAGCCCCACGCAAAUAGCGAAGCUAUACAACAUGGUUAUAGGGUGUGGUCAUUACAACAUAGACAACAGGGAAGAUGAUAAAGGUGCUAUUGGCCCCCCCGGUGUAGUAGGAUUGAGCUGGAGAAGAUCCUCCUUGAUUGGCCAACUCGGGUUCAACAGGUUCUCGUACUGUGCCUCGCCGAUCCGGGACCGGAAUAAGGGCCACAGCUUGCUGAAAAUCGGUAGCUCCGGGGCGUUGAUAACAGGGAAGGAAACGCAGACACCGCUUUACUCUUUCCGAUCAGGCUUGUACUUUCUGAAUGUCACGGACCUUAUGGUAGAUGGGGAGAGGCUGAACAUUCCUCCGGCCCAUUUCAGUAGGGUCCCAAAAGGAAGCCGUGGCACCAUCAUCGACACCGGCACGACAUUCUCCGAGUUUGUCCCCGGCGCUUUCGAUGCCCUAGUAGAGUAUAUAAAUACCGUGCAGGCGUUACAGCAACAGUUCCCCAUCAAGGACUCAGAUUUCGACCUCUGCUAUGGGGACAUAAGGUUCGCCCCGAAGGUCACGAUCAUGUUCGAGAAUCUGAACUUUGAGUUGAGCAAGGAAAACAUAUGGGAGCAAAUCGAGCCGAGGAAGUACUGCCUGACGAUACUGAGAGGUGACCGGACAAACAUAAUAGGGAUGUACCAGCAAAGGAAUGUCAAUGUAGGAUACGACCUUAAGAACAAGGUGAUCUCUUUCAAGGAUAUGGCAUGCCCAUUGCUGAAGCAUUAAGUGAAAUUAAGACCGUAUUGAUUUAUAACUUCCCCGGUUUUAGAUAAUUAAUUACAUGGAGACAUAUAUGUAGCUUUGUUUAAGGCAUUAUGUCUAAAGUUCAAUUGAAAAUUCGUCUUUCACAUCCAUAUGUGAUUUAUGUUUGGCAUAUCGGCAUAACU